CCCCCGGCCCGGAGCCGCCCUCCCGCGGGAGAGCCCUUCCAGCUGCGGCACUGCUGAGGCAGGAAACCUCUGCGAGAAGUGUCGCCGCCGCCGCCGCCCUUAAAGCCGGUCCCUUUCGCCGGGAAGGAGAAGAGGCUGAGGCUGGGAGAGGAGCGAAUUGCAGGGGAAGGUAGAGAUUGUGGCAAACUUUCUAGCUGCUUCUGCGUGCUGCUACCUCACUGAGUGGGAGUGUCUGCCCAUAAGGAACUGCAGAGCCCAAACCUAGGAGCCCUGAGGCUCCAAAAAAGACUUCGAGCCGCCUUUGGAGAAGGAACUGCCAGCAGUGCAAGCUUUUGCAUACACGGCUGAGUAGAUGAUUCAUCUCUAGAAGAAAGAUUCACAAAUUCCUUUGAAAGCACAAUGGAUGCGUGCUAGAGUUCUGCAGAAGUCAUCUGAGAAAAAGAACACUGGACUUUGAGGAAUAAGAGAGUUCAGAGAGCCCAGAAAUCAGUCACUAAUAAAGCCUCUUUGGCCAUACUGCUUGGAAAUGAAUACCAUUGAGACAGCAAAGCUUGAAGAGCAUAUGGAGGGUCAGCCAAAUGAGACUUCUAAUGGCUACUCACGACCUACUCUCUCGGUCACGGAAGAGAACAAAAAUGGCACUAGCAAACCCAAGGGCUUGUCUAACGGCUUGCGAAAAACAGCUAAGAAAUAUCCCGAUUACAUCCAGAUUGCCAUGCCUGCUGAAUCUAGGAACAAAUUUCCUCUGGAAUGGUGGAAAACAGGCAUUGCCUUUGUUUAUGCUCUCUUCAACUUGAUUUUAACAACUGUCAUGAUCACUGUGGUCCAUGAGAGAGUACCUCCAAAGGAGCUAAGCCCUCCCUUGCCUGACAAAUUUUUUGAUUACAUUGAUCGUGUGAAAUGGGCUUUUUCUGUAUCAGAAAUAAAUGGAAUGAUACUACUCGGAUUAUGGAUAUUCCAGUGGCUGUUUCUUAGAUACAAAUCAAUAGUGGGACGCAGGUUCUUUUUUAUAAUAGGAACUUUGUAUCUGUACCGCUGUAUUACCAUGUAUGUUACCACCUUACCUGUGCCUGGAAUGCAUUUUCAGUGUGCACCAAAGUUGAACGGAGAUGCUCAGGCAAAGAUUCAGAGAAUCCUGAGACUGAUUUCUGGUGGUGGUCUAUCCAUAACUGGAUCACACAUCCUGUGUGGAGACUUCCUGUUUAGUGGACACACUGUAGUAUUAACGCUGGUCUAUCUGUUCAUCAAAGAGUAUUCACCACGUCAUUUCUGGUGGUAUCACUUAAUCUGCUGGCUGAUGAGUGCUGCUGGCAUCAUUUGUAUCCUGGUUGCUCAUGAACACUACACCGUAGAUGUCAUCAUUGCCUACUAUAUCACCACACGGCUCUUCUGGUGGUACCACUCAAUGGCUAAUGAAAAGACUUUAAAGGUGUCCUCACAGACGAAUUUUCUCUCUCGAGCAUGGUGGUAUCCAAUAUUUUAUUUCUUCGAGAAGAAUGUGCAAGGCUCUGUUCCUUGCAGUUUUUCUUGGCCAAUAUCUUGGCCUCCCAGCUGCUUCAAAUCUUCAUGCAAAAAGUAUUCACGGGUUCAGAAGACAGGAGAGGACAAUGAAAAAUCUACCUGAAGAAAAGAAGGAAAGCAUCUACUCUGGUUUUUUCAUUUUUGAUCUUUUUUUUACCAAAACAUUAAUGCUGUAACCAAAGUUCUUAAGAAGACUGUAACUGAAGAAGUGGACCAAGCUUCUGUGCAAUUGAUGGAAAGACUAUUGUAGACGUAUAUUGCAUUUCAGAUGUUUUCCUCUCAUCAGGCUGUAUAGACCUAUUCUACUCUUCAGUGCUAACAAAAUGCACCACUGAUGGGAUUUUUUUAUUAAAGAAAAAUUGCAGCAGGACAUUGCUUUAUUAAUGAGAUAAGAGGUGCCAAAGACCACAGUAACACUUCCAUUACUAUCACUCAUCCACAGAAGCACCCAAAAGUCUCAUCUUCAGAGCUCUGGAGUGCGUAAAGGCAAAAACAUGCUAAAAUGUAAAGGCACGAUAUUGGCAUAUUGAGGUGUAUAAAAAAAUAACACAAUUGUGGGAAGUGGUUUGUUGCAUUAUUCUUGCUAAUGAAGGUAAGGCAUUUGUGUGACUGGUACAGCUAGAAGCGAGUCUGCCUUUUUUACACACUGUGGGUAUGAAUAUCUUAUGACCCUAAAAUACUACUUACCACCAUUAACUCUCGUGUAUUGUACUAUAUACCAAUUUUUACAUUUUUAUUAGUAAUUUUAUAUUUAAACGGUUGCUACCUGAUGAAUUUGCAAAUUAAAAAUAGCUGCUAACAUCAGAGCUCAAAGAGCCUAAAAUUUUAUUUUUAGUAAGGGACACAGUUUCAACAUCUAAACCUUGAAUUGCAGCUGGCCUUGUGUAUAUAGCUAUAUAGUGCCUGUCAGUGUAUAUAGGUGCAUAUAUACACAAAAGCACACACCUUAAACAAAAUUUAGUGGGAAGAGUGAUCACAGAGUUCUUGAUACAGGCAAAAGUUGUACAGCUCUCACCUGUGUGAGGAAUGCAAGGCCAGAUCCAAAAUGGGGCUACAUUUAAAAUAUUUUAAUUUUAAUAGCAAUCUCUUGCUGAAGCUAUGUAGCAUGUUUGCUUGGGAGCCAUAGUUCUCCAUUGAAUUUCUUUUGUCUUUUACCUCUUGACUCGUUUGUGACUUACUUUAAAAAAACAACCAAACGAAAAAGUGCUAAGGUGAAAUAUCUACAACAGCAGCAUUUCGUCAUUUACAAUCUAAAAUAAUUUAAUACUAAGUGACACUGGUAGAACUCAAAUGUAUAUUCCCUUUUUUUCCCAGGGUUUCAGUCCAGCUGAAAUGGCUAUUAAAACAAGUUGGCUGAGAAUGGGGGAAAUUACCAUGGGGUGAACAUGUAACAAAACUACAGAUUAACAGCUACCUGUUUCUUGUUAGUUUAUGUUGUUUUGUAUUGUUGUGGAAGCAAAGUAGAAAAUUAGCACACCAUGUUUCGCCAUUUGUAUUCUGUAUUAAUUUCUGCAGUUAACUCAAUAUUAUUUUCAGAUCUUCACUAAAACCUAAUGAAAAGAUAAAACUGCUUUAAGUGUUGAGGUAAUACUAAUAUAAAUGAAAUGCUGCAUAUUUUAAGAAUGUCUUGAACUGAGUGAAAAGUAUGAACACAAUUUAAAUAAUGACAACUUUUUUAAAAAGUCCAGUUAAAGUUAUAAAAUACAGAGUAUUCAAAUAUAAUCCUUCUCAGUUAUGGGGAUCAUUGCUCUGAGUUGUACAUGAGAAUAUUUUUGAUGUGCAUUAUCAAAAUCCUACAAUAAAAAGUGUUCCUUUCAAUAUAUUUUUCCAAAAAACUUAGUUAAGAAAGAAAUUCUCCUGAUGUCGCUUUUGUUAUUUAAAAAGAGCUUAGUAGACUCUGGCAAUGUGCCCCUGAAGUUGUGUGUGUAUGGACAUACCUAUGCUUUCAUUUGCUUGCUUCUAGCAGACCUUGAACAGCUAAAAAGCCAGUAUCAAAAAACUUUUGAAUCUUUUUCUCUAUCAUAUCAAUGAAUCUGUUCAUCACCCGUCAGUAGAUCUCCCAAGAUAGUUGUUAUAUCAGUACUACUUCACAGAUAACUUAAGCUAAAAUCUAAGCUUUGUCAUACCUUAAAUAUGGUCCUGUUAAUCCACUUGUAGUAAUGCUAUCUUUUAGGAGUUAUGAAUGGGUUUCAUUAGUGGACACUGUGCCUUGAAAACAGCAUGAUGAGAAAAGCAUUAUCUAAGGAGCUUAAGCAGUGGUUUUUAUCUCUUGGCUGAGAAAUAAACAUUUUGAUAGUCUAGUCUAAUCUAAUUGUCUGUAUAACCACCACCCUGCCUCAGUAGGAUAUCUGUUACAGAUCUGCAAAGCAGGCUUUCUUCAUGCAGGUUGAGAUGUUUGGGGU